UCACGUGAAUCCAUUGCAACCUAAUUCGGCUUUGCAUUGACUCUGUGUCUCAAACCGACUGUCCAAAUACCACAAAUCUAAAUCCUGAAAAGAGACAAAACAAACUCGAAACUCGAGGCUGUGCAUUUAAAACUACAACUUCUACACUCCUCGUCGUAAGUCCACACAAUCUCCACAGAGAGAGAGAGAGAGAGAGAGAGAGAGAGAGUCCCAGCUCAGAGGUUUGGCAUCUGGAUUCUCUGGGGGGAGAAGAAGACGAAAGAACCAGGUACUACCUCUCUUGUUCUUGUCGAAGUUUUCUGAGAGAGAGAGAGAGAGAGAGAGAGAGAGAGAGAGAGAGCGCCCCAGGUCUGAGCUUUGGCAUCUGGAUUCUCUGGGGGGAGAAGACGACGAAAGAACCAGUUUGCCUCAACAGCAUUACAAAUUCUCUUUUGUGCAACGUCAACGGGUGUUUUCUCUACACGGCCGCACGUAUACUGGAGAUCAACGACAGUCAUCCGCUUGUAUAUGCCGGUAGUACGCCUGGUUGUUUCUUUUUAGGCGAGGGUUGGAGACCGUAUCUUGUUUAUUCUUAUCUUUUCUCAUUGAUUUUGUAAGGACUGAUAAGAUGGUGGAAAUGAUGAUGAAGAACCAAACAUCACACUGGUGGUGGUUUGACAGCCACAACAGCUCAAGGCGCUCACCAUGGCUCCAAUCUACUCUUGCCGAACUAGAUGGGAAGACAACGGCCAUGCUAAAAUUGAUCGAAGAGGAUGCAGAUUCAUUUGCUCAACGAGCAGAGAUGUAUUACAAGAAGCGACCAGAGCUGAUCAGCAUGGUUGAAGAGUUUUACCGAGCUCACCGAUCAUUAGCUGAGCGAUAUGAUCAACUGAAGUCUGACUCUAGCACUCGACUCCUUACAACCAUGGGGUCCCCAUUUUCUUCCACUAAAGAUCGACUUGAGAAGUUAACAAGUAUGAUGGAUCAAACGGAUGGCGGCUACUCUGACACUUGUGAACCUGAGGAGUCUGUUGAGUCUGAAGUUGAUGAUCCUGAACUAGAUUAUGAAACUGAAGUUGAUCAAGAAAUAAAGGCAGAGGCCAUUCCAAGUGGGGUCAGUAAUGAUGAAGUGAAGAAGUUGAGGGAAGAGAUGGAAAGACUUAAAGAAGAGAACAGAAUUCAACAAGAUCUACUAGUGCAGAAAGAUGAAGAGAAGAGAGAAGUAAUAAGACAGCUGAGCUUGGCAGUGGAUGUGCUCAAGGAUGAAAAUGUGAAACUGAGGAAGUAUCUUGCUAGAGACUCCCCCAACCCCAAGAAACGGGCUCCUUUUGAGUUCAACAUAUUUAAGGGGGCAUUUCUGGGGAGGUUGUUCAAUGGGCCUCCGAAGGUUAGUGUUGUUGCUUUGUAGAAGUGGGUAUAUUCUGGUGAAUAGGGUAGUCUGUAGCACAGUCUAGAGAGAUGUCUAUAUUAAGGAAAUUUCCAUUCGAACGCUACUCGGAAAGUUAAAUCUAACGCUACUUUUUAUAGUAUAUUCCGUCAUUCUCGAUAUUCUAACUCAGACGAGUAAUUAACUGUAAUUCAAUUUUUGAUAUUCUUCCUA